AUGAAAAUCAGCCAGCUUCUGGCGCAGGCGCUGGUAGCCGCCGCCUUCGCCGUGUCUGGGGUCGAAGCAUUCUUUAAGGGCUUCAACAUUGGAGCCAACCUUGCCUCUGGAGCCUGUCGAAGCGAGUCGGACUGGGAAUUUGCCUUCAACAAAAUCGCCAGUUUCCCGGGCAGCUUCCAAAAUGCUCGGCUGUACGCGUCGAGCGACUGCAACACGUUGGCCAACGCAGUGCCGGCCGCGCUACGGACGGGCACGACCCUCCUAGUCGGCAUCUGGACGGAAGACGAGACGCAUUUCGAGGCAGAAAAGCAAGCGCUGCUCGACGCCAUCCAGCAAUACGGCCACGACUGGGUCUUGGCGGUGUCCGUCGGCUCCGAAGAUCUGUAUCGCGGCGACACGGAUGCCACCACGCUCGCGGGAAAGAUCAACGACGUGCGAGGCAUGUUGUGGGGACUGGGGGCCAGCAGCAAAUCCGUCGGCCACGUCGACACCUGGACGGCCUGGGUGGACGGCGCCAACACGGCGGUGAUCGAGGCCGUCGACUGGCUCGGCAAUGACGCCUACCCUUACUGGCAGGGAAUCGGCAUCGACGACGGGGCGGCCAGCGACGCCUACUGGACCGCCGUCAACAACGUGCGCGCGGUCGCCCAGGGCAAGGAUGUCUGGACCACCGAGACCGGACAGCCAGUUUCGGGCGACUCUAUCGGCCCGGCGGUGCCCUCGGUCGACAGCCUGCAGACGUACUGGUGGCAGGUUUCGUGCGCGAGUUUCAACAGCCUGAACUAUUUCUUCUACGACCUGGACGACUUCACCGCCUCACCCAGCUUUGCCGUCGUCGACUCCAACUACAACCCGCUGAUCGACAUGACUUGCGGCUCAUGA